AUGCUCCCCACCCCCUGCACCGCGCACGUCCCCUUCGACACGAUCUACGAACCCGCCGAAGACAGCUACCUCUUCCUAGACACGCUCUCCUCCGCCUCGGAAACCGCCUGGCUGACCCAACAUUUCCCGGCCACCACCCCCAGCCCAACCAUCCUCGAAGUCGGGUCCGGCUCCGGCGUCGUCCUCGCGUUCUUGGUGGCCAACAGCCCGACGAUCCUCGGCCGCGCCGACGUGCUCUCGCUGGCCACGGACCUCAACCGCACCGCCUGCCUCGCGACCCGCGAGACGGUCGUCAAGGCCAUUGCCGCGCAGCAGAACACAGACCCAACCACAAGCCCCUCCACCACAGACACAAACCGCGCCGCCCAAGAGAACCCCUCCGCCGUGAAAUCCACCCACCUCUCCACCCUGCAAUCCAACCUCGCCUCCAGUUUCAAGGCCGGCAGCAUCGACAUCCUCCUCUUCAACCCACCCUACGUCCCCACCGACGCCGUCCCGCGCGCCCCGACGGCCACGGACUUUGUGCCCGCCGAAUCGCGCAGCGAGCAGUUCGAGCGCGAAUCCUACCUCCUCUCCCUCACGUAUGCCGGCGGCAAGGACGGGAUGGAGAUCACGGAGCGGCUGCUGGCGGAUCUGCCGCGGGUGCUGAGCCCGCGCGGGGUGGGGUAUGUGUUGCUGUGCGCGCAGAACCGGCCGCGCGAGGUGGCGGAGCGGAUUCGGGGGUGGAGGGAGGGGGUGGAUGGGGCGACGGGGUGGUGCGCGGAGAUUGCUGGGUUCAGCGGGGUGAAGGCGGGGUGGGAGAAGUUGGUGAUUCUGCGGGUUUGGCGGGAAUGCAUCAGAGAAGAAUGA